GCACCGACCUGCGCAGGCGCGGGGCCAGCCCACCGGGGGAACCCAGGUGGCGGGGGAGGAGUUGGGGGCCCGGUGACCCCCGGGGCGCGUGGGGCCAGGGCAGAGGCGCGCGGGAAGGGACGCCCCCGAUCGUCCGCGCGCUCCGCGAGGCCCCGACUUCUGCGAAGGCUGAGCGCCAGCAGCAACGGUCCUGAACUUUCUGAAUCUGGCGCCUCCCGGGUGAAAGGGCCGGGGCCAGGGCCAGGCAGGCAUUCUUCUCCAGAAGCAGAGCAGGCCGUGGAUGACUGAGGCCAGUAGACUCUUUCAGGUCCUUUGUCGGAACAGAUCUGGAGACCCGGUCCAGAGCGAGUGUCUUCAUAAGACUGUCCUGUGAGUGGGCGGUGGAGCAAAGGAUCCCAGUUUCUUCACCAUGGGGAUGUGGUCCAUCGGUGCCGGGGCCCUGGGGGCUGCUGCCUUGGCCCUGCUCCUGGCCAACACCGACGUGUUCCUAGCCAAGCCUCAGAAAGCCACCCUGGAGUAUCUGGAGGACAUAGACCUGAAAACAAUAGAGAUGACACCAAAGACUUUCAAAGCGAAGGAGCUCUGGUCGAAGAGCGGAGCCGUGAUCAUGGCUGUGCGGAGGCCCGGCUGCUUCCUCUGCCGAGAGGAGGCGGCAGGCCUGUCCGCGCUGAAGCCCAAGCUGGAGGAGCUGGGCGUGCCCCUCUACGCAGUGGUGAAGGAGCAGGUGAAGACGGAGGUGAAAGACUUCCAGCCCUACUUCAGUGGAGAAAUCUUCCUGGAUGAGCAGAAAAAGUUCUUCGGUCCUCAGAAGCGCAAGAUGAUGCUGAUGGGAUUUGUCCGCCUCGGUGUCUGGUCUAACUUCUUCCGGGCCCGGAAGGGAGGCUUCUCUGGAAACCUGGAAGGGGAAGGCUUCAUCCUUGGGGGAGUCUAUGUGGUGGGAGCAGGAAAUCAGGGCAUUCUCCUUGAGCACCGGGAGAAGGAAUUUGGAGACAAGGUGGACCCUGCUUCUGUUCUGGAAGCUGUUCAGAAGAUCAAAUCAUCAGCCUCGGAACAUAAGUGAUGGAGUGAAAGGCCCAGCUCAGGGAUAGCCAAGGGCAACUCGUGGGCUGCAGGAGACCUCAGCUCGCGGCACUAAAGCGGUCGAGACCCACCUAGACCCUAGUCUCAUCAGGCAUCAUUAACACGUUGUAUCUGUUUAGGCGCCCAGCGUGGCACAGUAGCCCCCAGACAAGACUGAUGAAGAUCCUGAGACGCUUGUGAGGGUUAUUACAGCUAAAACCUGGAAAAUACACGGCAUAAAGUUGAGUGUUGAAUCUCAUUACAAACAGACACGGUGUUUGAGUGCUAUUAUUUGAAAUGAUUUUUAUUUUCGUAUCUAAGAAAGCUUAGACAUCUAAGUAAAGCUUAAUGAUUGUCUUUGAAGAGUAAGGAUGUAAGGUUACUGACUUGUAAGUUUUCUAUGACUUGUUCUAUGAUGUUGAAAUAAGACUGGUAUAAAGGAACUGGUGUCCACUUGAUUACUUGAUGAUGGUAAAUUAUCAAUUGAGACCUCUAUUCCUUAUCUCCCGUGGGGUUUUUCCUAGGAAAAUGAUCGUAUCUUGCUCCAAUGAAAUGAUGCCUCAGAAAGGACCUGAAAAUACAAGUUUUUCUGGUAAAACUUGCAAUAAAAAUAUUUACCACAAUGA